AUGAACUCUUUAUCUAAUAAGGAAAAGCAAAUUCUAGAUUCACAUAGGGAAAUUAUUUGGUUACAAAGAAGGAUCAGACAGUUAGAACAUAAUGAAAACGUAUCAAAGUCAGUUAAAGAAGUUGUUAUUCCUGAAUCAAUAUCAACAGAAUAUAUCCAAGAAAGCAUUGAAGAAUACAAACGAUCUAUAGAUGAAUUAAAAUAUAAUCUAGAUUCCAUCACUAGACUCAAUCGAGAUAAAGAGGCAUUAACAAAAUCAAUCAACAGCCAGUAUUUUACUAUAGAAGCAUUAUAUCCAAAACCUAGUGAUCAUCAGCAAAUGCAAUUAAAACAAUCAACUCAUGAACAGAUUAAUCGACGUGAUGAAUUAGUAGUUCAAUUUAUGCAGACAUUAAAUGAAUUAGAUAGUAAAAAAUCCGAAUUAACACAACUUCAGCGACAGAUUAUAAAGCAACAUGAGGUUAAUAGAGAAUUGACAUCAGAAGUUAAUCAACUUAAAUCAAGACAUAAAGUAGAUCAAAAAGUAGAUUCAGAAACUAUGGAGCUUUUGAAAGCUAUAAAUGAUAAGAAGGACCAAAUGUCUAUUAUACGUUCAGUUUUAAAUGGAAUCAUUUUAGAAAGUGGCAUUCCUUGGGAAGAAGAUGAACGUUGGUUACAAACAAUUUUACGUAUAGGAGAACCAUUACCUUUACUUUAA